AUGGAUCUGAGGAUCUCUGACCAAUGGAUGCCGGGCCGGUUCCAGACAAUCGGCGCGGUACUUGAUAGCGGCAAUAAUGGCGGGGAUUCUUCGGUUACGACCGCAAGCUCGCUCCUGAACGCAAUUAAUGACGACGCUGGCCGACUCGCGAGCGCGGGCGGCAGCAGCGGAAGUGGGGGCAGCGGGAAUGGGAUCACCGCUGAGGCACGCAAAGGUGGGCCCCCGCAAGUGCGCUCGAGGAUCACCGUGGUCUGCGCCGAGUGCAAACGGCUGAAACUCAAGUGCGAUCGGAAAGCCCCUUGCUCGUCGUGCGAGAAACGGGCGACCGUCGCUCGCUGCAUCUACUCCCCAGCCGCUGCCGAAAAGGUCGAUCUGCACUCCCUCAACAACCGGCUCCUCACCGUCGAGGAGGCGCUACGCACAUUAAAGGCAGCCGGUGUCGAUCUUGGUAGCCAUCACGCCGACCCGAUGGCAGCGGCCGCAACCGGUGCCGGUUGCGACAAUAUGCAGUCGAGCUCCUCCCGGUCGUCGAGCUCCAACCCCUCCACCCCACUCAGCAUACCGCUGGAGGAGCUGGGCGACAUGUGGCUCGGCCCGCUCCACAUCUCCGCGCCGUCCUUCCCACCCCAUCAGACAUCUUUCCCGGCGCACCUCCCCGCAGAGGCACUCGACCCCAACGACCUGCUGCGGCAUAUGCCCGCGUCGUCGGAGCUCCAUGUGCGCCUGGCGGCCGCCCGGCGCGCGAUCAACGACCUCGCCGGCGGCGUCGGCGCGCUGUUCGAGUGGGACUGGUUUGAGGCGCGGGUGUACGCCUUCACCGGCGCGCUGCUCGAGGCGGGACAAGCCGGCCGGUCGGCUCACCCGGCGGGCUUCGACGCCCCCGCAGCGGCGGCGGCGUCGCCGUCCGCCAAGGACGCCAAGCGCAAACAGCGCGAAGCCAAGCGCGACAAGGCGCGCGCGAUCUUCUCCGGGGGACAGCAGGGCCCGUUCACCUCCUCCGCGAGUCUCUCCGCGGCCCUGAUGCUUGCGAACGAGGCGUGGUCGGACGAGAUGGACGAGGACGUCACCGACGAUGCCGUGUUCCUGCGCCAUCCGUCGCACAAGGGCAAGCAGCGCGCCGCCGAGCGCCAGCACGCGCAGGGCAGCGGUCGGCGCGGCGACGUGCGGCUUGCGUUCUUCUCGCUGGUGUGCGCCGUGCUGUCGCUUUCUGCCGACGCUGGCCCCGACGAGCGGCAGCGGCUCGCUGGGCUCGCGAUGUCGGCGGCCCGCGUGUAUUUCUGUCCCACCGCCGAGGCACUGCCGCACCCGCUGCCGAUGCCCUGGGACGAAGGGGACCCGGACCUUGAUGCGGUGUUGGGGAUGUGGCUUUUCGGUGUCGGAUUAUUCGCGCGGUCAGACGAAGGGAGCUAUGUCCAUAUCAACCAAACGCUCGGAUACGCACGGAUGGCAGGACUCGACCGCGACGCAGCCAAACUGACGAAUGUGCCCAUCGUGGAUCCCGACACACAUGAACUGAAAACGGAAGACGAACCCAUCUCUAUCUCGGACUGGCGACAGGCGCUGAGGGCUAGAACCUGGUGGGCUUUGUGUUUCGGCGACAUGAUGGCCGGCGACAUGUUAAGUAUCGGAGGCAAUGUUCCGUUGGGCACCCGGGACUGGAAAUGUGAUCCCGACCCGCUUGACAUGCGCUUCGACUGGGUCCCUGCGUCAGAUUGUGACGCUGAUUCGACAUGUGAAGGAAAUGGGAGGAAAGCGGGGUCUUGGCUCCGACUCACGCGGCUGCUGCAUUCUGGUGCUUCGGAGGAGAAGCUUUCGGAAUGGGAGCAAGAGGCUUCCGGCAGCGUACAUUCUGCAGAGGUGGCGUUCAUGGCUGCCCGGAUCAAGCUGCGCAAUUGGGUCUGGACGGAGCAGGAACAGCGCCAUCACGCGCGCUCCACGCCGUCGUCGCACCUUUCCAGCGUGGUCAAUGCUGCACACACCGUCGUGAAGCUCGGCGGAACCCUGUCUGCGCUGCCGGGGCCGUAUCGCCCGACGCUGGCGUUGCUGGUGACCAGCCCGGCCCGGACACUUCUGGACGCGGCAGUCGUCUGCGCAUACGCGAUCAAGACGUGGCCAGACGCGGUGUUCGUGGCCGGGGCCAAGGAGGCGCUGCGCGAGGCGGUGACGCUGCUGCAGAGCUCGGUGCGGUUCGCGGACUGGCAUGGGCGGACCGAGGCGGGCCGGAUAGGGGAGGCGCUGGUGCGGCGGACAGGAGUCGGGUCGUCACAGCGGAAGAUAGACGACACGGCGAAGAAGCGCAGCUAUCCGAGUGUUGGCAUCCGGGUGCGGCCGAACAAAGAGGGGCUGCCGACGUCGCCGCUUGUGGUGGGGCGCAAGACGAUGUCGCGCAAGUCGUCCCCGAUCCCGAUCCCGAUCCCGCUUCCGCAGGACCCGGGCUACUUCGCCGCCCCGGCGGAGGCGUACCCCCCGGCCGAAUAUAGCGCGUAUUCAACGCCGUAUACGACGGAGUCGCCGGCGGGGUACCACACGGAGUCGCCGGUGUCUCCCGAAGUCUACGAGACGAGGGCUGGGUCGUUCGAGUCUGAAGUCUACGCGAGCAGUCCAUAUGGACAAACCAGCUCGCCUUUCACUGCCGGGUAUCCAACGCAGCAGCAACAACAACAGCAGCAGCAGCAGCAGCAGCAGCAACAGCAGCAGCAGCAGCAGCAACAGCAACAACAGCCGUACUACGAAUAUCCACCGCCGCCCCCUCCGCCGACGUUCGCCGAAGUGGCGUGGGACAGCCAGCCGCAGCAGCCGUACUGGCAGCCGCAGGGCGAGUAUAAGUUCCAGGGAUACCCCACCAUGACCAUGUAGUUAGUUUAGUGUUCGUUUCGUUUGUAUGUGUAAUAACAGUGCCAACAAGUACCUAGUACAUAGAGACCGAUCAAUCGAUGGAGUGGAUUUCACUUUCACGCUUUCCAUCCGUCUCACAUCGAGUAUGAGUAGGGCCCGGGGCGCUUGACGUCCUCGUCGUCGUUUUCGUACAAUCCCCGCUGCUGCGGCUCGUCUCGCUGCACCCACACCUCCUGCAUCACCGUCGGCGGCUGCUGGAACACCCACGCCCCGCGCUCGAGGUCUGCAGCGCGCCGCUGCCGCUGGCGUCUCAGCCGCACGAGGAUGAAGCCGAGGAGCAGCGCCAGCACGAGGAGGCCUGGGAUCAACAGCCCAAGGAUCAGCCCUAGGUGCGUGGAGGGGGCGGCGGCGGCCUUUUCGGGUUGUUGCGGCGACGGUGGCGACGGCGAGGAUGUUGAAGAUGGGGAAGAGCCAGACACGGACCUGCGGGUGCGUUAUUCGAAUCAGCUAGCUCGAUUUCGUGGAACAGGCGGUCGCUCUCACUCGGUGGGAGUCGGGCGGCCCGAUGCUGCUGCUGCUGC